AUGGCGUCGGUUGUGAAAUCAAGACAACAUACAAAAACAGAAAAAAUGCAACAGUUUACACAGAGUCAAGAGUUAUCACCACAGAAACUUCUGAGAUGCCCCACAGAAGGGUGUGAUAAAGUUUUAGGUAGUUCCCCGGGACUGAGGUACCACAUGAAAACGCAUGAAGAAGCAAGACCUUACUUGUGUCGCAAAUGCUCAAAAACAUUCAAAAGCUCUAAUGGGCUAAAGUAUCACCUUGAAAAAACUCGAUGCGAGGAUAAUUCAGCAGUAUUACACACUGAUAUGACUUCUGUAAAUUGUGUUGUUACACCAACCAAACAUGGACCAAAUAUUAAUGAAAUAAAUAAUUCUGCUGCCAUGGAAACACCAAAGAGGUCUAAAUUUAUUCCCAGUGCUCUUACUAUAGACACAGAUAGUUCACUUUAUGCAGAACCCUCAAGUCUACUCAAUAAUAACCACUCUCCAUAUAAUGAUAUCCAAGAUGUUGAUGUCACGGAACCUUCAAAUACAAACUGGUUGACGGAAUUAGCUAUAAUUGCAACAAGUCCUCAGAGUCCUUUACUACAAAAGUGCAGCUUUAGAAGGAGUCCAAUUUUGACAAUUGAGAAAUCGUUACAUUCUUAUGCCAAGCCACCAAGAUCACCCAGUCCACCUCCACUUAUAGGUCACAAUGAACUAUUCAGUACUCCACCAUGCAAACAUACUAUGUCACAUGAAGAUGAGGCUAGAGUGACAUCAUCAUCUCCAUUUCCUGCUUCUCCUAAAGUCAAUGAAAGUUCUAGUGGAACAUGGUCACAUUCAUGGCCGACAGCUGUAUGGCAAUGUUUCAUGAAAGGUACAAAAGUACAUUUCACUGCAGGAGCUAGAACUGAAUGGCGAUUGGCUGAAGAGAUUGGCAAUAAUGAAAUGCUGGCAGCACAAGCCAAUCAACAGCAAGACUGUGAGGGCAGAGGUCAAUCAUCUCUGUCUGGAUAUGCAGCUAAUGGAUUGAGACUUGUACAGAUAGAGGAGAAAUCUGCUGGUGAUAAUAAUAAUGACAGUGUUUUGGUAUUGACUUUAAAUCCUGAUUUACCAGAUCAACCUAAUCUGGUUGUCGAAUGUGCUUUAGAUCAUCCAUUCUUUGUUAAGGAGAAAGGAUGGUCAUCUUACAAUCCUUGCUUGACUGUAGUGAAAUACGGUAUACCAUGCUGUGAACUAGAAAGUGGUGAUGUAUGCCUUUCACCUUCCCAUCCAGAAGCAAUCAGUUUUCAAGAUUCUGAAGUUUUUGAAAGUUUUCGGAGCUUUGAUUUUACUCCAAUGGAUUCAUCUGCAGUAUUAGCUCUUAGUAGUAUGGCUAAACACAGACGAGAUUUAGAAAUGAGUCCUAAGUCACCUACUAAAAAUCCAUCAUCACCAUCCAGGCAGAAAAAAUAUAAAGCGGAACCAACUCGUGGUAAAAGACCCAUGAAUGCCUUCAUGUUAUUUGCAAAAAAGUUCAGGGUGGAGUAUACACAGCUGUAUCCUGGUAAAGAUAACAGGGCAAUUAGUGUCAUACUUGGUGAUAGAUGGAAAAAAAUGAAAGUAGAAGAACGAAGAGUCUUUGCCCAAGAAGCUAAGGUUUUAGCAGAAGAACAUAAGAAAAUACACCCCGACUGUUGGAAAAGAAAGCGAUCAAGUUCAAAUAGUCUUCGCAAACACGACCGUUUGAUGCUAAACCCAUUACACUGGCCACCGCCCCCUCCCACCAAAGACGUACUUCAAAUGGCUGAAGAAUGGGGCGCGACAACGUAUGUGGAUUUCGUCAGAAAAUCAGGACUAGAUAAAACACUGUAUAACGGAACAGGUCCAUUCACAAUAUUUGCUCCAUUCAACGAAGCCUUUGCGAACUUGGACCCAGUAUUGUCCCAUCAGCUGGAAACCAAUAAGACCUUUUUACGAGAGUUAUUGCUAUACCACACGGUCAAUGCCAGAGUUGUUGAUGACGACUUGAGAGUGAACGACCGACUUUUCCCUACUAUGCUGACUGGUACGAAUAUACGUUCCGCAUUGUACAUAGAAGGUACAAAGGUAGGUGUGUGGACGGUGUCUGGCGUCAUGAUGCAGUACGGUGACGUAAAUGCUACCAAUGGAAUACUGCAAGGUCUCAUGGGUAUAAUGUAUCCAAUACCAAUGCUGAAUAUAUAUGAAUAUUUACAAAAGGAUGUCAAUUUCACAUUCAUGAAGAAAGUUAUUGACGUUGCGGGUCUCAAUGCUAUGUUUACAGAAGGGGCAUAUACCCUAUUUGCUCCAGUGGACGCAGUUUUUGAAAAAUUGCCAAAGGAACAGAUUGAUGUCAUAUUAUCAAAUACGUCAUUUGCUAGACAUGUGGUGUACAAUCACGUGAUUAAUGGCACUGUAUAUAGUGCAGGGUUCUUUAAUGACCAACCAAUGCCAAAUAUGAAUGGAAAAGACCUGGAUUUCUAUACAGGCCAGUUUAAAUCAGGAGAAUUGACUGUGAAUGGGACCUUGGUAAUUCAGCGAGAUUUGCAAGUCACCACUGGAGUGAUUCAUUCCAUAGAUGGAAUUUUAUUACCGUAA